AUGGAUUUGAAAGAAGCAUUUGAAAAUAAAUUAGAAAUUACAAAUACACCAUCUAAGUCUGAUCCCAAAAAAUUUAAUGUCACUGCUAAUUGGACUCAACCAAGUCAACUUAAUAAUUCUUAUAUUAUCAUUGGUCUUUAUGCACAUAAACGAAAGGAUGAUAAAAAUUAUAUUACAUAUGAAUAUAUAAAAGAAAGCCAAUCUUCCUAUUCAUUUAAGGCUGAUGUCCCAGCAGGAUAUUAUGAUAUACGUAUUUGUACAUAUUCUGGAUUGACUCGGCUUGCUGUUUAUACCCGUGUUUUCGAAGUUUCAAAAUAUUUUGUUGGAAGUUCUAUUGACAAUGACUUUACAGUUAAGGUUGAAAGAAACCAACAAGAUCCAGAAAUUUUAGUAUCAAUCAAUUUACCAGCAGAAGAUGGUGAUUUUAUUGGGAUGUUUGAGUCUUCAUGUCUUAGUAUGAAAGACAGUUAUAUGAUUGGGUUACGUCACACUAUUUUUGGUGAAGGUAAUCUUCAACGUUAUUUUGAUAUUAACUUGAAAGAGUUAGGUGAUACUACAGGAAAAGAAUAUCAAAUAAGGUAUUUUAGAAAAGAAUGUGAAUAUCAAAAUAAGUUUGAUACUUCUAGAGUUCCAUUCGCUUUUUCUGAACCAUUCAAACUUUAA